AUGACCGUUAGUAGUCUUAUCGAUCCGGAUUUAAAGGUGUGGGAUGCUCGAUUACUGGAACAAUUUGUAGCUCAAGAGGAUAUUUCGAUGAUUCAGAGUCUGGCCAUAAGCCCUAUCCAUCGACGUGAUACAUUUUGCUGGAGUUACACAAAGAAUGGACAAUAUCCUGUCAAGUCAGGAUAUUGGGUUGCUACAAAUUUGAUGAGAGAUGAGGAGGAUAUAGAAGUUUUACAACCUAGCAUAACCAAACUUCAAGCCUUCGCUUGGAAGGUAGCAGUAACAAGGAAUCUGAAUAGUAUAGUGGUGCCAGAAGAUGACAGAGACUCUUAUCCUUGGAUAAUUUGGUACAUCUGGAAAGCUAGGAACGAUAAGUUGUUCAGAGGCACAGGCAGAGACCCUUUGGAACUAGUCAGGUAUGCAGAGAGCGAGUGCCAAGCUUGGUACAAUGCAAGAGACACUGUGUCGGUUCCAACACAGGUACAGAUUGCUGAAGAAACACAAGCCUUACGCUUGGAUAAUAUUUAUAUGGUGGAUGGCUCAUGGACCUCCACAGCUCAGUUUAGUGGUAUGGGAUGGGUUUGGAAGGAUACAAUGGGGAAGAUUCAACUCAUGGGGUCAAGGAAUUUAAGGAGACGGGAUACAGCUUUACACUCGAAACUGGGAGCGCUACAAUGGGCAAUGGAGAGCAUGAUACAAAACUCGACCUGUCAGAGGUUUGGGAUAGACUGCAAGGAUCUGAUUGCAAUAUCAGCUACUUUCCAAGAGUGCAUAAUGAGAUUGAAGAUUCGUUAG